AUGCUGCUGGAUCGUUCCUCACUCCUCUCAGGAUACAUUAAACUCUUGUUCCUGACCUUAGCUGUCCUUGUGCUCCUGGUUCAGGCUUCCCCAGAUGGCUGGAUCAAAAGAUGCAGUUAUAGAAUUGGCAGCUGCAGACAAUCUUGCAAAGAAAAUGAGAAAAAGAAAGAAAAAUGUGGGGCAAAAAAAUUGGCUGCAUCCCUGAUGUAA